GUCCGUGACUCCGUGUUUAUGUUUUAGUUUAUUAUUAUUCUGUGGUUUUGGUUAUCUUGGGUGUUUGUACUCUUCUGUUUCAUGGUUCAUGUUCCUAUGUUCUGUGUUCCCCAGUCUGUGUUAAGUUGGUGUGUUAUGUCAUUACGUGUAUGUGUUUCCUGUUUUACUUUGAAGGUCCGUGUCUGUUUUCAGUGUGUUCAGUUUACUUUUCCCCUGUCUCGUCAGGUCUGAUUACUUCCAGCUGUGCCCUCCUUUUGUGUCUCAUUCCCUCGUUAUCCUUCUGUGUAUUUUAACCUCGUGUCUGCCUCUGUUGGUUGCUGGUUCGUCUGCGUUGUUACCCUCCAUGUUCUCGUGUGUUCUCCCUGCGUCUCCGUUUCAUGUUUCAGCUCGCUCACCACUUAGCAGUCUGCAUCUUGGGUCCAUUUAUAUUUACACACAGCCUGCCUCGGCACCCCGUGACAAUUUGAGCCUAAUCUAUAAGAGACAGAACAAACCAAAGAAAGCUUUAAGCCAGUGUCAGAAGUCCCUGCAACUGUUGAUGGACUGUAGUAAUCCAGAGAGGACUUGCUGUGUCUAUAGGGACAUGGCCACUAUUAAACAGGGCCAAGGCCACAGAGCAUGUUUCCAAGGCUCAUGCCAUAGCUGUGAGUCAUGGCCUAGAGGAGUUGGAGGGGCUCAGAUCUCCCACAGCCUGGCCUUCAUCCUUUCUGUUGCAGCAGAACCCCAUCACAAUGGUUUUGGACCUUUUCGACAGUUCUUGAUCAACACCAGCUGGGAAGCCGCCAAGGGGUUGAAACUGAUCGGACUGGGGGAGAAGGUUGAAGUCCACGUGAGGGAGUUACCAGUGAGUUACUUGAAAACCCAGAAAAUUAUUGGUGAGCUCUGGCACACUCUUAACCCAAAGUUUGCUGUACAUCUUGGUUUGGCCAGAGGCUCCAGUGUGGUGAUUUUGGAGCAAACGGGGAAGAACACUGGCUACAAAGACCGAGAUGUCUGCGGCUACUGUCCAGAGACUCGCUGCUGCAUCGAAGGGGGGCCACAGAAGCUGGAGUCAGUCAUUAACAUGAGGGUAGUCUCAAAGCACUUCAGACAAGCAGGGAUGGAUGUAGUUUAUUCAAGAGAUGCUGGCAGGUACCUGUGCGAUUUUGCAUAUUACUGCUCACUGUAUCACAGUCAGGGGAGAGCAGCCCUCAUCCAUGUACCCACAUCUGGUAUCUUGGCCUCAGCUGACAGACUGGUGCCUCUGCUGCAGGCCCUCAUUCAGAAGAUCCUGGAACAGCUGGAGGAGCAUUCAAAACCAAUAGAUCCCCCUUUUGUGUCAAUGAGGUAGAUUGUGAUCUAUAGUAGAUAUCCAUUGAUUGGUGUGAAUGGAAAAUUAAAUAUAGCAGGCAUUCGUAGUUCUCAUUCAUUUAUUUAUUCAAAAUUUCAGCAAAAAAAAAAAAGAGAAAGAAAAUACAAGAAAUUCUCAGAUACAUAUUCGGAGAAGGUGUUUUAAAAAAAUACACCAUCUCAGCUAUAGGUGUGAAAAACUUUGAGGCCUCAGAUAUAGAGCUUGAAAGAAGACAGUCUAGUGAUUUUUCGUUUUGAUUAUUUCUUUCCCCAAUCAAGUAAUGAACACACAGAUUUUGUGAAAGCAUCAUAAUAAAGUAAUAGUAGUAGUAGACCAAGGCCCCCUCAGAAGGUACAGGAAUGCAAAACAUUAAAAACAGAGGCGCAGGAUGAUGAUGAUGACGAUGAUGAACCUCAAACUUAUUGCAGUUUAAAUGCACUGAUGCAUUCUAUAUAAACCUGACAUUUGCAUGAAGAACAUUCUGAAGAAUUGAAAUGUUGAAAGACGACUAAACUGUAGUGUAUAUUUAUGCUGUUUAAGCCUAAGGUAACGCCAAAAAAAAAAAAAAA